GUUCAACCCCAAUCAUGAUACCUAAUAGAUGUAUCCGAUUAAGUGAACAAAAUUCCAUAAGCUUACCCUGGCUCGGGCUUGGUACUUACUCAAUGACUGACGAGGAAGGAAAGGAAGCCAUCAAAAUGGCCAUCGAUUUUGGUUACCGAAUGUUUGAUACGGCUGUAGCGUAUGGUAAUGAAGCGAUCGUUGGCGAAGCUAUACGUGAAAAGCUUCGCGAAUAUAGUCAUUUGACACGUGAAGAUUUCUUCAUAAUCUCCAAACUGUGCGGAACGCAUCAUCGGUUUGAUUUGGUUGAAAAGUGCUGCAAUGCGUCGGUGGAACGUUUGGGUUUGGAUUAUGUCGAUCUUUACCUGAUGCACACACCUGUUGCUCUGCAUCGCAUAGAGAAGAAUAGCUCGACCAAAGGAACGGAAGUAAACUCCUUCGACAAUACUAUCAGCCCAACUGAAACGUGGUUUGGAUUAGAAAAAUGUUAUCAGGAAGGUAUCUGCCGUUCGAUAGGCGUGUCCAACUUCAGCGAACCUCAGCUUAAAACGCUCCUGCAGAAAGGAUCAAUUUUCCCGGCAGUAAAUCAGAUUGAAUGUUCGGUAGGAUUCAACCAAAAACAAAUGCGCCAAUUUUGCCAUCAACAACAAGUGCUCAUUAUGGGAUACGCACCGUUGGGAAAACAAAAGCUUCCGUUCCUAGCGAACCAAAGCGUAAAUGAAAUUGCAUUGGCGGUUGGUAAAACUCCUGCCCAAGUCUGUUUGAGAUAUCUCAUUGAUGGCGGUGUUGUGCCUAUAGUCAAAUCUAGCAAUUGCUACCGCCAGCAAGAAAAUAUGGACAUUUUCGAUUUUAAGCUCACCGCACAACAAGUGCGGGAGUUGGAUGCCGUUACAGGCAAUCAACGAGCCUGCAAUAUGCGUCAUUUAGCAGCGGCGAAACAUUUUCCCUUUACCGAUGUCGCUUGA